AUGGCUCAGUAUGACAACAAGACAGAAGACAAUUCUGUGACAAAGAAUGCUACAGGCCCCGAUCACACCAAUGAACAUGUAUUAACUUCAAUACGACCCAUACACCACGGUCAACAAGCCAGACAGUCUACACUGUUGAGAGAUGAGCAUCCGAUAACUGUCGACAUUACACCAUUCAAGAACCCAUCAUUAUUUUUCAAUCUGACACUUCGUUCAUUAGGUGUUAUUUUUGGUGAUAUAGGUACAUCACCAUUAUAUGUUCUUAGUACGAUAUUCGAUUUUCAACCAAACGAAGCACAAUGCAUCGGAGCAGUAAGCUUGAUUAUUUGGAGUUUAAUUAUUGCUGUAUCAAUCAAAUAUGGUAUUUUUAUACUUAUGGCUGAUAACUUUGGUGAAGGAGGAACAUUUGCUCUAUGUGGGUUAUUGACAAGUGAAAAAAGUUUUUUGGGUCCACGAAGUAAAAAAAUGAUAAUCAUUGUAUCGCUGCUGGCUGGAUCUCUCUUACUUGGUGAUGGUGCAUUAACACCAGCUGUAUCAGUGUUAUCAGCUGUCGAGGGAGUGGCUGUUGAAGCUCCAAAGUUGCAAAAGUGGAUUGUACCGAUAACAAUAAUCAUUUUAGUUUUUCUUUUCAUUGCUCAAAGAUGGGGAACAUCGAAAAUUGGUGUUACUUUUGGACCGAUCAUGUGCUUGUGGUUUAGUUCUUUAUUUGCAAUCGGUAUUUGGCGAAUAACUUAUAAACCAAGCAUUUUCAAAGCAUUUAAUCCAUGGGAAGCAUUGCAUUAUCUUAUAACCGAAAAGAAAAGAGGUUUCUAUCAAAUCGGUGGCGUCUUUCUCUCUGUUACCGGCCUUGAAGCAUUAUAUGCUGAUUUAGGUCAUUUUGGGCGGUGGCCAAUUCGUUGUUCGUGGUUCUUUAUUGUUUUUCCUGCCGUAUUAUUCAACUAUUUGGGACAAGGCGCAUUAUUAAUCGUUGACCCGACUUUGAUUAGUAACCCAUUUUAUCAUUCUGUUCCACGUUGGGGACAUUGGCCCAUGAUUGUUCUCGCGUCUAUAGCGACAAUAAUUGCAUCACAAGCUAUAAUCACUGGCAGUUUUUCGUUGAUCAGUCAAGCGAUUGGUAUGGAAUGUUCGGUACCAUUUCAAAUAUGGCAUACAUCAAAAACGAUUGUUGGUCAAAUCUAUGUUCCUACCAUAAACUACAUAUUAAUGUUCCUCACUAUUGCUGUCGUUGCUGGAUUUCAAACGGGUGCUAAUAUUACCAAUGCUUAUGGAGUAACUGUUUGUAGCGUAAUGGUCAUCACAACUAUCUUAUACAUGCUUCUUCUUCGCUAUACGUGGCACAAACCAUGGUAUAUUGUUGCACCAUUCAGUAUAUUUCUCAUUAUUGACCUUUACACAUGGUCAGCAAAUGCGAUCAAGAUUCCUUCUGGAGGAUGGGUGGCUAUUCUGAUUGGAUCUGUAUUUUUCAUUCUUGGUUUUUGCUGGUUUUUUGGUCAAUUGCAAUUGCGUCGUUUUCUGAAGAUUCAUGCGCAGACAACCAACCUUAACAUCCUAGUAAUAAGACUUGGCCUAUUGGCGCGACGCUCGCAACAAAACUCCGGAGUUUCUCUAACUGAUAUUCCUAUUAUUGCAACGGCUAAAGAAACUCACUGGGACAAUAUGUCAUUCUCGGAUUCAGAUUCAGAUGUUGAUUUUGAAGCGAAUGACGCCGGAACUCUACCCAGAGUUCAAAGUCGUAUACAAUUAAUACAAAACAUACCAGUAGCAUCACCAUCCACUACAUCUUUCAACUUCGAGUUAAAUAACAUGAAUACCAAUGAUGUCAUUCCGGCUGUAGUGACACCAGGCGUUGCUUGUUUUCUAACAAUGUCGAAGAAACAUACGCCUCAUGUAUUUGAAAGUUUUCUGUCGUAUAUGCACUCCAUACCUCAAGUGAUUAUAUUUCUUAAAAUUGAGCAUACAAAACGAGCGGUAAUCAGAGACAAUGAACGUCUUACGGUGAAAAUCUACGGUGAUAAUAUUUAUCAUAUUACAGCAUUAUACGGCUAUACUGAAUGUCGAAUAAAACCCUACGAAAUUUUAUUACUCGCUCAUGCUCAACAUAAUGUACCGAUACCAAAUAAUGAGUUACAAGUUACAUUUUUUGUUCCAAAUGAAACAAUCAAAGUAUCAACUGUUGGAUGGCGAAGUUGGAUUCGACGUUGGCCAUUGUAUAUUUAUUCGAUCCUAAAAAGUUUGUAUCCGGGAGCAGCAGUGAACAUUAAAUUAAAUCCUGAAAAUACUAUCAGCAUUGGUAUAUUGGCCAAGUUGGACUAA